UACAACAUUUCAUCGCAUAGAACGUGUUCAAUAUUCCUCAAAUCGAUACACGUGGUCUGAUAAACGUUGUUGCUGCUGUCACUGUUGUUGUCCCAUCAGCUCCACAAAAAAAAAAUCCCCAAAUGUUUUAGGGUUUUGUGGCGGGAUAAAUUCUAACGCACUUUAGCCCACAUGCUGGUAAUAUGAACUCGGACUCGGAAUUCUCUGAUGAGGAUCACGGCGACUCGCAUCACAGUCACAUGAGUUGCGGAAAUUUCGACAGCGACAGCGAGGAUACCUGCACGGGGAUCGUUUUGGCGGAGAAUCCUAAUCGUAGUGCCGAUGCAGAUGACUUUGUGUACAAGGUCCUUUCGGUGGACCAGAUCGUCCAGCACCAGCGCAACAUCAUCGACGAGGUGAACAAUGUCCUAAAUCUUUCACCGCAGGUCACGCGCAUUAUACUCAAUCAUUUCAAGUGGGACAAGGAACGGCUGUUCGAGAACUAUUUCGAUAGCAGUCCGCAGGAUUUCUUCCAGCGUGCCCACGUGGUGAAUCCCUUCGAGCGGAAGAGCGAACUGGAUGUGGAAAGUAAGGUCUCGACAUCAUCCUCUAAUUCCUUGCAGAAGCUCUGUGGCAUUUGCUUCUGCCCCUGCGAGGAGCUCAAGGGUUUGGGCUGUGGUCACAGCUUCUGCGCCGCCUGCUGGAAACAAUACUUGGCCAAUAAAACCUGCAGCGAGGGCUUGGCCAACACCAUCAAAUGUCCAGCUGCCAAUUGCGACAUCCUAGUGGACUAUGUAUCCUUUCUAAAACUAGCCGAUGAUCCAGAGGUUGUUGAGCGAUAUCAACAGCUCAUAACAAACACCUUUGUGGAAUGCAACAUGCUGAUGCGAUGGUGUCCCGCCCCCAAUUGCACCCAUGCCGUCAAGGCCGUUUGUGCCGAGCCAAGGGCAGUUCACUGCAAGUGUGGCCAUCAGUUUUGCUUUGCCUGCGGCGAGAAUUGGCACGAACCGGCCAGCUGCAGUUCGCUGAAGAAGUGGCUGAAGAAAUGCCUCGAGGACUCGGAGACCUCCAAUUGGAUUGCCCAGAACACCAAAGAGUGCCCGAAAUGCAAUGUGACGAUCGAGAAGGACGGUGGCUGCAAUCACAUGGUCUGCAAGAAUCCUUCCUGCCGUUAUGAUUUCUGCUGGGUGUGCUUGGGAUCCUGGGAGCCACACGGUUCGUCCUGGUACAGCUGCAAUCGCUUUGACGAAGAGGAGGCCAAGCAGGCCAGACUGGCCCAGCAAAAGUAUCGCUCUUCGAUGGCCCGAUAUCUGCACUACUAUAACCGCUAUAUGAAUCACAUGCAGAGCAUGCAAAUGGAGAACAAAUUGAACGCCAGUGUUCAGGCCAAAAUGGAGGACAUGCAGGAAGAGAUGAGCUGGAUUGAGGUCCAGUUUCUGCGCGAUGCCGUCAAUGUUCUCUGCCAGUGUCGCACCACUCUAAUGUACAGCUAUGUUUUUGCCUUCUACCUGAUGAACAACAAUCAGAAGAUCAUAUUCGAGGAUAACCAGAAGGAUAUGGAAAUGGCCACCGAGAAGAUCUCCGAGUGUUUGGAGCGAGAGAUUACCGUGAAGAACCUGUACGAGGUCAAGCAGAAGGUCCUCGAUUUAUCGCAUUACUGCCAAAAGCGACGGCAUGUCCUUCUGUGCCACGUGAGAGAGGGUUAUGAAAAGGACUGGUGGGACUUCAUCGAGGAUAGCGCUACAUAAAUCCCCACGUCAUCAUCCGAUCUAGACUACCGGCACAUGCAACACAGAAAAAAAAAACCCACCGAUCUCAUUUCACUGAAGACUUUUAAUCAUCACACACAAUACCCUUUUCGAUCUUCUCUCUGGUUGAAUUGUUUUCAGUCGAUUCGACCGGAGCUCUCAAAAUUGUACAGUUUAUACAGGAAUAGAAAGAAAUAUACGAAAUUUUUCAUAAUUAACUUAUAAA